UUACCGGGUGAAUUCAGAAGCGGAGGUGAGGUCAUUCAUUUUCCGAGUCGUGACUCGUGAGUUUAUUUUUAUGGGGUUUAGGGUUUAAGCACAAUCGUAGUGACAGGGCAAGGAGAUUCCGAGCCCACAAUAGUCCCUGCCUCCUCCUGUGGUGGAAUCCCCUUUUUUUUUUGCUUGUUUGGUUGGAGAGAAAAUGUGGUAUUUGUGCGUGUUCUACCACAGAUUGUUGGAUUACAGGAAAGCAGAAGUGGAAUCCCUAGCUCAUCUAUUUGGGGUUCUGGAAGAUGGCUCUGCUCUUCAAUGGAAGCUUCCCCAGCACCACCACCCUGAUUCCCCUUUCCAUUUUGUUUAUCUCCCUUCCGAGGAUGUGGCCAGGAACAUCGCUAAUCGAAGCAUACUUGUGAAGGGAAUCUAUGAACUUUGGGGAGAAGGAAGCAGCUAUGAGGAACUGGAAGAGGCUAUAAGAAGUUAUCCUGAUGAGCGUAAGCUGCCAUACUUGGCUGCUGAAAGCACAUUCAAGAUUACUGUUGAUAGUUUUGGGAAGGUUAUCAGCUUUCAAGAGCAAAAUGAUCGUAUUCAGGGGCUGACUUAUAUUCCUUUCAAGGGUCGAGUGAACUUAAAAAAUCCAGAACACAAGUUUUGGCUUAUAGAAACUGAUGACUAUGGGUCUAAUAAUGGGCUUCCACCUGUAGUCCAAAAGAGAAUCUUUUUUGGUCGGGAGGUUGGUGCUGCUGAUAGGAAGCUUUUGCCCACCUAUCAAUUAAAAAGCCGCACUUAUCUUGGCCCAACAGCCAUGGAUGCAGAAAUGGCUUUCUUAAUGGCCAACCAAGCACUGGCCACAGCAGGGAAACUUGUGUAUGAUCCUUUUGUUGGAACUGGGAGCAUUCUUGUUGCUGCAGCACACUUUGGUGCAAUGACAAUGGGUGCAGAUAUUGACAUUAGGGUAGUCCGUGAUGGGCGUGGACCUGACUGUAAUGUUUGGAGCAAUUUCAAGCAGUAUCACUUACCAAUGCCAAUUUCUCUGUUGAGGGCAGAUAAUAACCUUACUCCCUGGCGUCCUGGAUUAAAAGAGGUAUUUGAUGCCAUAAUCUGUGACCCUCCUUAUGGAGUUCGUGCUGGUGGACGGAAAUCUGGUGGACGGAAACUCCUAAAGGGUGUUAUAAGCCCCUACACUGUUCCAGAUGACAAGAGGACAGAUCAUAUACCAUCAACAGCAGCCUACAGCUUAGCUGAGUGUGUGCACGAUUUGCUCGACGUUGCUGCUAAGAUGCUUGUAAUGGGUGGCAGGCUUGUGUACUUCUAUCCUGUACUAAGAGAAGAUGAUUCAACCGAGACCCAUUUCCCAGAGCAUCCAUGUUUCAAACUAAUUGCCACAUGUGAACAGAUUCUAAGCUUACGUUACAGCAGAGUCUUACUGACAAUGGUGAAGAUAGGACCAUACACUGAAGAAAUUGCAGAAACAGCUAGGUUAAAACAUUUAGAGUUCAAGGAGAACCAUCUGAAGUGGUUGGAGGAGGGUAAUCUUCAUGCUGCUGUUUUUAGUAGUGCUGACCCUCAGUUGGGUGAUGCAGGCGAUUCCAAAUCCAGUAAAGACUCCAAACCAAAGUACAGAGGGAAAUACGUGUAGUUUCUAUCUUUAGACUGUAUUCUUUGAGCUGUUUAGCUUCGAGUACUUGCGGCCCAAUAGGUGAUUAUGAGUCAUGGGAACAUCAGCUAUUUUUGUAUCGAUGAGUAUUGUGUAAGGCUUUUUUUUUUCAUUGCUAUGCUAACUCCCCCAUUGCUUCUGGGAAUUCUGACUUCAUUUACUUGAUAACGAUAGCAAAAGUAAGAAUUAUCGUAUAA